AGCCCACUGGAUGCAGAAUUUGUAUAGCUCGGCCCGCUCGCAGUGCACUUCUGGAUUCUGACAAGACGAGAGUCGAAUUAAAUCAACGUCUGUUUCCAAACUUUAUACAAAGAUACACAUAGUAUGUAUUUCUAUCUGUGUCUCUUGUGUUGCAUUUGUGGCCUAAGGAUCGCAGCAGCUGCCGUUGUUUUGGAUGCCACUGGAAGGUUGAAUCUGAGUGCCACCUGUCCGGACACCUUUUGCAGUUUGACGGAAAAAGCGGUGGCGUACUCCGACUCGCCAGCAGUGCGAUUACGAGAGUUGCAUAUCAGCAACUGUAGUCGCGAGGCCGUGCCGUGGGUAGUGCUGAAUCUGACGCCCGGACUGCGGACACUGGUCAUCCGGAAUUGUGGGCCCUAUAGCAUUAGAAAGGAAAGCCUGUUGCCGGUGAGGAAUCUCACCUCUAUACUAAUGCAACGCACAAAAAUGUGGGCUCUGAGAACUGAUCAGUUCUCUGUGCUUCCCAAUCUAGAGAUCCUCGAACUCGGACAUAACGUCCUCUAUCAAGUUAAUUCGGAUGCCUUCAAUGGAUUAACGAAACUCAAGUUACUUGGCCUCCAAGGCAAUGCACUCGAGGAGAUACGGGAAAAUACCUUUGAUCCCCUCGUGGAGCUGGUGCAUCUGGACUUAAGUGGAAACCUGAUUGAAAAAUUACCCAAGGAUAUCUUUGCCAAGAACACAAAGCUGGAAACCCUCCUUCUGAAUGGAAAUCACUUAACUACUCUUCUGUCGGACACUUUGAUGCCAUUGACGAACUUGCGACUGCUGGAUUUGGGUCAUGCCGGCCAAUUGGAUAACUUGAUGCUAAAUAUUGUCAGUGUCCAGACUCUGAUACUGGAGGGCAGCAGCCUCACCGAUUUGAUAAUUCAUGGCGGGUUUAUCCGGCUCCAGGCGUCCAACAACGAGCUUAGUCACCUCCAUGUGGGCAACAAGUCAUCAGUUAUCGAAAUGAACCUCCACGGCAAUUUGCUUAAUGGAAACGAUACCUACAAUCUGCUGCGUGGAAUGUGGAGCCUUGAAAGACUGGAUCUCUCCAAGAACAUCAUAGAAUCAUUAGCUUUCAAUGAAUUCUACAGUGAGGGCCAGGACCUAUACCUGCUGCCUAGCUUAAAGUACCUGAACUUGGCCAACAAUCGAUUGGUUUCAUUACCAUCCGAUUCGCCCAUCCUUUCAUCGCGUCUCACCUUCUUGGAUCUGUCCCACAAUCUUCUCCUGACAUUGGACGUUGAGAAGCUGGCUGGACUGCCGAACGUGGAGAGCUUGUUCCUCGAGGGGAAUCGAUUGAGUACCUUUGACUACAAAAAGUUCCACUCAAAACACGAAACCCUCAAGGAGCUGGCAUUACACGACAAUCAUUGGAGUCCCGGGUUGUAUCGCAUAAUGUUUACUUACCUCAACGAUCGAGGGGUUCACCUGCAGUCGAGGAUCGAAAACAAAGCCCAAAUAACCAGCAGUCAGGUGGACAUAGACUGGCCGCCAAAGGAAGCGUCUGCUCAAAAACUGGAUGCGGCUGGUGUGACGGGAAUACAUCCCUACUGGACGCUAAGGGAUAUCCUGGCCUUCACCACCUUGCUCGUGGUGCUGGCCAUCUUGCUGAUGAAUCUCUACCACAUUCUGGAGGAGGAAGGCUGCCUACGCCGCUUCCGACGAUGGAGAAGGUCCACUGUUCCCGGAGGUAAUGCCAGGACGAGCACGAGGCGACUCAACGAACAGGACUCUGAAAACAGCUCCAGUGAUUAGAUGGAAUUUGUGAUCCAACGAUUUGAAUGCUAUUUCAACCGGCACCUCUAUGCAUACAUGUAUUUGGCGAAGGAGUUAACUUUAAAAGGAUUAUAGAACAACUUUUAAAGCAUAUACUAUUUUGAAAAUUUUACUCCUUCUAUACUAUCUGUUGUGUUAUUUUACUUGUUUUUUCAUAUCAACAAAAAUUUAAUAAAAAACUAUAUUUGUUUAUAUUGAAAGCACUGAUAGGAAAGCAGCUAUAGAAGGGAAAUCAUGGGAAAUGAAAUGUUAUUAAAUUCAAAUAUGUAAAAUAACUAUAUAAUAGCAUUUUUAGAACAAAUGUAGUUCUAUUAAGAAUAUUUUUAGAAUUGAAAAUAUAAUAGAAAUCGAGAAGGUCGCAGAACACUAAUGAGAUACUUUAUUUAUGUUUCUUAAAAUAAUUUUGUAAAUGUCAGAAUAAAUGUUUUUGAAAAACCUCCUUUCAAGA